AUGGGUCGUAUGUCUCAGCGACAACAAGUCCUAGGGUCUAUCCCGAUCAAUCCGGACGAUUGCACAGGAAUGUUUAUAGACCCACUUACUAUUGAAUACCGGGCGAACAUGACAGAAGCCCCAAAGUACAGCCUUGACAGUAAACCUUCCUGGCUACCAGCGGGAUGGGACAUGGAGAGGGCGAUGGAUAUGACGCAGAGUGACUGGAAGCAUCUCACUGAACAACAACAAGACGUUCUCCGUGCAGGAUUGGAAGCAUAUUGCGGCACGGAAUUUAAAGAUGAAGUGUUCAAGGAUAUGUUUGAAAGACCAGAAAAACAAACCGAUGACAACAACCCACCCACUCUACCGCCAAACUUCAUGAAGCCCUUGGAAAGAUAUCACGCGACGGGGAACUGGGGCUUUGUGUUCUAUCGUACAACCUACGAAGGUGGUGAAGAACAAUGGUCACUUGUGCAACAAAGACUCAACACAAUGAUCGAGUCCGUGUUUGAUUAUUACAGCAACAUCGACGGCGUUAACGAAGCUAGACAGCGAUGGAAAUUACAUUGGAUUGACGACCCCCAGAAAUUUGAUCAAAUGAGCCCACAGGAUAUAGCUGAGAACUAUCGAAGCGCCUUCGAAACGUUGCCGGAAAAUUAUCAGCACUCCAUGUGCUUUGCGGUUGACCAUGCUUCAGCGCACUCUAUUCUACUCGCAGAUAUAACCCGUAUGCAGAAGCGCCCACGACUUGGAGAUGUAGUGCCUUUUGUAGUUGCUAUUGAUCAGUACCUUGGAUGGAAAGAGCCUGAUGCACAAGAAGAAGAUUUCGAAGAAGACUUAGAAAACUGGAGUGGGCCAUUCCGUGCCCACCCGGCAUCUAUUGUCGAUGGAAUCUUCACGAUCGUCGCACUACAAAUCAUGCAAACAUAUGAGUUUGCGUACCACGCCAAAGGGACGAAUGGUGUCUGGUGGGAUUCAUAUGGUGGCGUAUGGACGGUGACUAGCGAUGGUCGGUAUGCCGAGCCGUUGUUUGAAGAUGCGGCUUUGUUGAGGGCGGAAUAUAGGGAGAAAAAAAAGCCAAAUCCAAGCAAUUAUUGA